GUGACUUUUUAGUAAAUAUCCAGACACUCGAUACAUUAUCGUAGUGUAACCCGACAACGUUAGUCCGUAUACUUAUUGGGAACUUUAUAUACCUACCAAGGAGCAACAGUCGACUUCAAAUUGGACAAAAAUGGAUGAGUUUGAAGAGAAAUGUAAACGAGUCUUUGAUAUGUUUGACUUGGACGGGGAUGGCCAGCUUACAAAGGCGGAGAUAAAACGGGGCUACCACAUGUUUGAGAUGUGCCCGACAGAGGAAGAUCUUGACCAGACGAUGUCAGCCCUCGACAUUGAUAAUUCGGGCACAGUUGAUUUGGAGGACUUCAAGAUUUUAAUGAGGAAAAUUGAUCAAGAGGAGGAGAAGGCAAAUGUGGCUGACGCCUUUAAAAAACUUGAUCGCCGCAAGAGGGGCUACUUAGACAAAAAACAGUUUACCGUGGUACUCAAUGGCGCAAUGAAAGGCGAGGCCGGGGGGAAAUUCAGUAAAGGGGAAAUCGAUGAGUUUUUCAAAGUGGUAGACACGAAUGGUGACGGCAAGAUUGAUUGCGAAGAAUUUGUAGAAGCUUUCACGGGGGAAACAGAUGUAUUCGCAAGUAUACGGAAACCAGAAUAUGAACUUAAAGAAGAAGCUGAAAAUGAAUGUCAGCAGCAAGUAAAAAUCUAAAGGAAACUGGUGUUAAAUGUGAUCUGUCAGUUAUGAACAUUCUAGAUUUAUUGGAUAACAUGACCAUACAUCACAGAAAGUCAACCAAGGCUUACAUUGGUGUCAUCCAGUGAUUCAGUGAGGACAUAUGUUAACGCAAUCGGAAAUCCGUUCGGGUCUUUCCGUCAGAUUGAUGUUUUUUCCGAAAAUAUGACGAACAGGCGUGAGUGGCAAUCGGAAUCUGAUUGAUUGAGUGAUGGGGCUUAACGUCCUUGUUCCGGUUAUAACCGAGUCUAGGACACUGGCAAUCGGAAUCACUCGGCACUUCUCGUCAUAUCUUCGGAAAACAAGAUACAUGCAUGACGCCAGGGCCCAAAUGGUUUUCCGACUGAUAACAAUUUACUAUGGCAGGUUUUUGCGAUUGUCACAGUGUGCCUCACAUAGAUUCAAUAUUCACAAACUCCAGUUGAUAAAAGGUUAAAGGUCAGGCAGUUUAAUAUCGAAAGAAUACAUUAAACAGCUAAGUAAUCGCUCGCGACAAUCAAAGGGAAGUUACUCGUGUUUUCACCCGUCUGUCAAAUCUUGCUACCGGCAGUAGUCAUAAAGCAGAACUGAAAUUGAAAUUUAAUAAUCUAUAUUUCAAUUUAAGCCCAAAAUGGUAACUAAACUCAAUAAAAAAUGAACCGUACUUAAUUGAAUUCCUGUUUAUUUUAGAGCCUAUGUACGGGUACGAAAACGUCUCUCUCUCUAUAUAUAUAUAGAUAUGUGAGAUACUGAGCUUGUUUCAGUUGCACGAAUCUUGGUACAUUAUCCAUUAAGAUCAAAGUCCAGUAUGCUGAUCUGAUCAUUUAUAUGUGUCUAUAUGGAAUGAAGAAUGCUGUACGGGAGAUGACAAGUAUUGUUUGAUCAACAAUGCGCUUUCUAGUUUCGCAGUAUAAACGAUAUGUUGAAUACACUGUAAGCUAUACCUAUUAGUAAUAUCUAUUGUAUAUUUUUGUCAUGUACGAAUAAAAAUCUUUAAUGUGUUUUUAUAUAAAACGAGGAAAGAAAGAGAAAGAAUGAUGGAGAAACAACGAACCAUAUUUCAGAAAACUCUAGUUUGCUUAUAUAACGGCCAAUUCCGUCUAAGCUCGGAAACAAAACUGAGCUUUGACGGAACUGGCCGAGAUGUAUUGCGAUUGUCCACUGUAACGGAAAAAAAUAGUAUUAAAGAAAUGAUAGUAGA